GCAGCGGCGUGUCACCCGGACCGGGAUGUGCUGAGGGAGCGGCUGCAGCAUGGCGUUCAGCCUGGGCGGCGCCGGAGCGGGGUUUGGUGCAUUUGGAACCACUGCUGCUACCGCAAGUGGACAAACAACUGGAUUUCCUUUUGGUGCAACAACGGGUUGUUUUGGAGGGUUCGGUGCUACUACAACAGCUGCUCCUACGUUCAGUUUCUCAACCCCUGCCAACACAGGGGCAACAGGACUUUUCCAGAGUGCACAGAAUAAAGGUUUCGGAUUUGGUGGUGGAUUUGGUGCAAAUGCUGCCACUGCUCUUGGGACAGGUCUUGGGACUAGUUCUACAUUUGGAGGAUUUGGUGGCUUUGGCACUCAGCAGCAACAGCAGCAAACAGCUGGUCUCUUUGGACAGGUGGCGCAGCCUCAAACUCAGUCAAAUCAGUUGAUAAACACAGCGAGUGCCCUCUCUGCACCUACUCUACUGGGUGAUGAGCGGGAUGCUAUCUUAGCCAAGUGGAACCAGCUUCAGGCUUUCUGGGGUACUGGAAAAGGCUACUUUCACAAUAACUUGGCUCCUGUUGAGUUCACUCAAGAAAAUCCUUUCUGUAGAUUUAAGACUGUAGGUUUCAGCUGCAUUCCCAGUAAUAAGGAUGAGGAUGGUCUGGUCGCUUUGGCUUUUGCCAAAAAGGAAACAGACAUCCGCAAUCAGCAGCAACAGCUGGUGGAGUCUCUGCACAAAAUCCUGGGAGGGUUGCAACAGAUCAUGGUGAAUGUUGAGGGAGUGCGAGCCCUGCCAGACGAUCAAACGGAGAUGGUGAUUUACAUCAUUGAACGUUUUCCAAAUGGAAACUCGAGGCGUGUUCCAGCAACAAACCUCUACAGCCUCCUGGAACAGGCCAACGUGAAGAACCAGUUGAUGCAGUUAGGAGUGUUGGUCACACUCCCCAGGACUGAACUCUCCCCAGCUCAGAUAAAGCAGCUGCUUCAGAACCCGCCUGCUGGUGUCGAUCCAAUAAUUUGGGAACAAGCUAAAGUUGAUAACCCUGAUCCUGAAAAAUUGAUACCAGUGCCGAUGGUUGGUUUUAAGGAAUUACUGCGGAGGCUCAAGUUUCAGGAGCAGAUGACGAAACAGCACCAGAGCAGACUGGACAUUAUAUCUGAGGAUGUCAAUGAACUACAGAAGAAUCAAGCCACAACAGUGGCAAAAAUAGCUCAGUACAAGAGAAAACUGAUGGAUUUGUCUCACAGGGUCUUGCAGGUCUUAAUAAAGCAGGAGAUCCAGAGGAAGGCUGGCUACGCCAUUCAGGCUGAUGAGGAGCAGCUUCGAGUGCAGUUAGAUACCAUACAGUGUGAAUUGAAUGCACCAACCCAGUUUAAGGGUCGUCUGAAUGAAUUGAUGUCCCAGAUAAGAAUGCAAAAUCAUGUUGGAGGUGUGAAAUCAGAAGAGAGGUACAGUGUGGAUGGAGAUCUCUUGGGGGAGAUCAAGCAGCACCUGAAGCUGCAGCAGGAAGGAUUGAGCCAUUUGAUAAGUGUCCUGAAAGAAGAUCUGGAGGAUGUGAAGCUGAUUGAACAUGGGCUAAGUGAGAGCGUUCACAUUCGACGAGAUCUUUUCAGCUGACAGCCUUUCUGUAACAGCAUGUUGCUUAAACAGACUUCUGUAAUAUCGGGUACUUAAUGUGCAUAUUAUUCAUUCCCUGUCUAACAUUUGUUUCACUGUUUAACUCAAAAAAUGCAGCACCUCAGGUCUAGAUUAGGUGUGUGGUGGUGGAGGAUGUUAUUAUUCAGUGAAUAUUUCAGUUGUUUCAGCAAACAGUGUUAGGGUAUUUGUCAUACACUUGGGUGCUGUCAGCCCUUCAUUAAGAAGCCAGUUAUGGAGCUUUGCAGCACUAGCAUCCCAGUAGCUGAUUUUAAUUGAAAAAUAUACACACUGGAACUUGUUUUCCUUUCUAAGUGUUUUCCAUCUGAAAGCUGUACUGUGGACUCUAUUCUACAUCGAAUGGGUAGGGACAGAAAAAGUGCUGUUAAUAACUGUACAUUAAAAGAAGUGGCUGUACCAACCUGAGUGUAUAUCAGGAACAUGUUGAGAUUUUGCCACAAGCAUUUUGCAUUUAUUUGAUUGUGCUUAGUAGUUUCAAACAGUUUAUGGGUCAAUGGAGCUUGAAAGGAUAACCUUAAGAGUAUCUACAUGUCAGAUAUACUGUACUAGAGGGUGUGAUAGCCAAGUGGUACCUUGAUUAAUACAGCAUAUAUGAAAGUGCUACAUACCCACAAGACCUCUUUAUAUGAAAACAAACGUACAAUUUUUGUAGCAUAAGGAACAUAGGGUAUUGAUUUUUUAAAAAUGUCAGUCACAGUAUUUCUCAUGCAAAUGGUAUGGAGCUCCUUUUAUAUCUGGUAAGGAUUGGGGUUCACUUUUACAAAUCUUUUCCAUUGUACCUGAUGAUUGUCACUUUGAAACCUGCACAUCGGUGUUUCUCAAUGAUGGUUGCAAGCCAAAGGCCACACAAAGAAACUACUGAAGGACUUGUUUUAGUACAUUAAAAUUUGUAACAAUUAUGCAAAGGAGAAAUUGAUUCUGAUUAAACAAUUUGCUUUAAUAA